AGGGCGGAGAAUGUUGCCGUAGACCGAACGGCGGUUCCAAAUUUUUAGCAAGUAUGAGGUUGCUGCGCGAAAAGUGAAACAGUCAUAUUAUUAGCUACAACAGGCGGAUUUAUGAACGUGGAUAUAUGAGCACUCCUUAAACGACCGUUUUUUGGGGGGAUUUUCUCUCAAGUGCGAUGUUACAGGAUUAUAACCCAACAGAUUCAGCUCUCCUCGGUCUGGAGUCUUGCGGCAUCCGAGGGUAACGAGGCCAGAAUUAUUCGGGCUGGGGACUCUGUGGCGCUCGCCGGGAUGCUACGGCAGAGCAACAGCGGUGGGAAUAAGCGCUCCCUGGGCAUCUCGCGGCUCUCCAACUCGCACUUCUUCCCCCUGUCAGCGGGCUCGGGGACCUGGGGCAUGGGCCGGACCACCAAGAGCAGCUCCCUGACCUCGGUCAGCUCCGGCUCGGACGGCGCCGCGGACAUCCGCGGUGUGGACCCCGACUACAUCAUGCAGCUGGUCAACGACGUGCGCAAGUUUGCCGAAGUGCUACUGCGUCUCAAGGAGGCCUUUCACUCUGAAGAAAAUCAAGACUGUUUACACCGGGUGGUGCACGAGCGUUUGGGGGAGCUCCUGCGGGUCCUGAAAGCUGUCAUCGGCAAACACCAGACCCUCAACUCCGUGGACAUCCUCAGUGCGGCAGGGACCGUCAUUGCCAAGGUGAAAGGUGUGAACUUCAAAGAAGUAAAAGAAGAAAAUAAACAGAACCUUUUUGGAGACAUAUAUGCUUCUAUCGACACAUUGGCGUUUACUUUUGGCAAUGUAGUGUCUGACUUCCUUAUGGGAGAUGUAGACAGUGGUUCAGCGCUGGGCCUCCUGGAGAGCCGGAGAAGUCGGUCGUUUGAGAACCUCUCGGUGGAGUCCGGAGCAUGCGUUCCGGAGAAAGAUGACCUGGCAGGGCCCCCGCCGCCGCCGGCCCGCACCGAGGAGGUGGACGAGGCGCUGCUGACGAGCGACAGCGGCGUGGAGUCGGCCCUGCUCUACGCCAAGGCCUGGUCCAAGUACACCAAAGACGUCCUGGCCUGGGUGGAGAAGAGGCUGAGCCUGGAUAUUGAAUGUGCGAAAGGCUUUGCUAAAAUGGCCGAAUCUGCAAAGACGCUUGCAAGUCAACAGGACAACAUGCCAUUCCGGGAAAUUUAUAUAUCCGCUUUUAAGAACGACAUCGAGUACAGUCAAGUUCUGCUUCAGACUGCGUCGGCCCUUCAGUCCAACAAAUUCGUUCAGCCCCUGUUGGCUCGCAAGAAUGAGCUCGAUAAACGCAGGAAAGAAAUCAAAGACCAGUGGCAGAGGGAGCAGAAGAAAAUGCAGGAGGCAGAGAGCGCUCUGAGGAAGGCCCGGGCCCUGCAGGCGCAGAGGCGGGAGGAGUACGACAAGGCCCGCUUCUCCACCAGCCGGGCCGAGGAGGAGCAGCUGGCCGGAGGAGGCAAGCAGCUGGAGAAGAGGAGGAGGCUCGAGGAGGAAGCGCUGCAAAAGGCAGAAGAGGCUAACGACCACUGCAAAGCCUGCGUAGCCGACGUCGGGGUGAAGAGGAUCGAGCUAGCCAACGGCAAAAGCGAAAUCCUGACGCAGAUUCGCGAGCUGGUGUUCCAGUGCGACCUGACUCUGAAAGCGGUGACGGUCAACUGGUUCCAGAUGCAGCAGGCCCAGGUGGUCUCCCUCCCGGUCAAUCACCAGUCCCUCUGCGAGAACGCCAAGCUGUACGAGCCGGGCCAGCAGUAUUUGGAGUUCGUCAAGAACCUGCCCAAAGACACGAGCCGAAUGGACUCUUUCUCCUUCGACGGCCCCCAGAACUCUGUGUUGCCCUUCACUAAGCGAUCAAUGAGCAGCUCCUCCCAUGGGAAUCUGUCUCAGAUGUCAGUCACCUCUGGCGAUUUCCAGAGCGCCGAUGAGGUCGAGAGUCCGGUUCACACACGCCCGGGAAAGAUGGAGGAAAGGCGGUCCCACAGCACCACGGACAUCCAAGCGCUGAGGACCCAGGGGCCGUUCCGGACCUGGGCCUCGGGCAGCCAGGGAGGGGGGAUGUGCAGCGACUCAGAGAGCGCGGGGGGCAGCAGUGAAUCCCGAUCCAUGGACUCCCCUACCGCCAGCCCAGGUGACUUUAAAAGAAGGCUUCCCAGGACCCCCUCCACAGGCACCAUGUCCUCCGCCGACGACCUGGACGACAGAGAGCCUUCAGACAACGGCCUGAGUGAAAUGGUGACGGAGACGGCCAGUUCCCCCGGACCCUUCCGGAAUGCGCAGAUGUCCAAGGCCGCGCAGACCCACAAGCUGCGGAAACUACGCGCCCCCUCCAAGUGCCGGGAGUGCGACAGCCUGGUGGUGUUCCACGGAGCAGAGUGCGAGGAGUGUUCUCUGGCCUGCCAUAAGAAGUGUCUUGAAACACUGGCGAUCCAGUGUGGCCACAAGAAACUGCAGGGAAGGCUGCAUCUUUUUGGAAUUGAUUUCACCCAAGCGACCAAAAACAACCCUGAUGGGAUUCCAUUCAUUAUCAAAAAGUGCACCUCUGAGAUUGAAAACCGGGCUUUAAAUAUCAAGGGUAUCUACCGAGUAAAUGGAGCAAAAUCUCGAGUAGAGAAGCUUUGCCAAGCGUUCGAAAAUGGCAAGGAUUUGGUGGAACUGUCUGACCUUUACCCUCACGAUAUCAGCAACGUCCUCAAGCUUUACCUCCGCCAGCUCCCAGAGCCCUUGAUCUUGUUCCGUUACUACAACGACUUCAUCGGCCUGGCGAAAGAGUGCCAGAGCAUCAUCGUGGAACAGGCGGAGGAGAAUUCGCAAACGAGCGUCGAACUCAACCGUGUCAUCUUCAAGAUCAGGGACCUUCUCCGUCAGCUGCCCCGGGCCCAUUACAAAACCCUGCAGUUUCUCAUCGGACACCUGUUCAGGGUGACGGAAAAAGCAGACGAGAACAAAAUGACGGCCAGCAACCUGGGGAUCAUUUUCGGGCCCACUCUGAUCAAACCCAGGCAGACGGACGCCGAGGUGUCCCUGUCCUCGCUGGUGGACUACCCUUACCAGGCCCUGAUCGUGGAGCUGCUGAUCCGCUACUACGAGAAGAUGUUUGACGUGCCCCUGAGCCCGGUGUCCAUCUCCCCCUCGGCCAGGGAGAGCUCCCCUCUGCCCUCCAAAGUCGCCGAGGUCCGGCUGACCCCCCGGGAGAAGGAGCAGCAGCUCAGCCGGCACUCUAUGUCUCUGGUCGACAUUAAAGAGCAGAGUUCUAAAGUGUAUAAAAGGCACUCCUCUGUAAUUCCUUCCACUCAUUUGCUGGAUGAAGUUAAAGAAGUGAAACCAAUGCCAGAUGGGUUGGAGUUUGCACCCGCUGUGGAUGCAAAUUCAGAGAAGCACAACGGGCUUUCGUCUAAGGGCCUGUCAGAGGUCCAGAGGUCCAACUUUGUGUUCAGCAAGUCCAAUCACAGCACCCCCAAAGUCCAGUUGCGGUCGCCGCGGGACAAGCUAAUUUCCCGGCCAAUCAGCAUGCCCGUGGAACGGCUGCUCAACCCCGCCCAGGUCAACGAGAGGAACUCCAGAAACGCCAUGGAGACGGAGAGGAGCCCAGCCAUACAGGAGGUGGCUGAACCAGUGAAGCCCAGCUCUAGAGUGAGCACCUACCGCAACACUUACAUCGACACCCAGAGCCUUAGGCGAACUUGGGACAAGCAGUACAAGCAUUACGACUUCACUCCUAGGACAGCUAAGAUCAUGGCUAACAUACCCUCGAACGGCGGGUCUGGCAGUACCGGAACCUUGUCGGCCUCCCUGCCGGCUUCUUCCACCUCUAGCACCACCAGCACCAUAUUAGCCAACAAGCCGUACAUCGCAGCGGUGCGGCCGGGGAGGACGUCGAAAAAAGACGAGAACAGCGGCGAGUCUGACCCCCCUGCGUCCAGGGUGUUCCGAGCCUCUCGGACGUUGCAGCCCCCGCCGGGUACUUUUUACAAGCCCCCGCCGAGCGUCAGAACGAAGCAGCCGGAGGAGCCGGGGGCGCAGACCGGCGGCGAAGCAGCAGCCGGCGCGGAGCAGACGGCUGCGGCGGGGGAGGAGCCCAUAGACGCGUCUCCCGUCGCCCCCCCACAGCCUCAGUCUGCCGGCUCCAGCCCCGAAGAGCUCAGCCAAAGCGAAGCCAAGCCAGUGUACCAGAGACUCCGCCCACGGCGCCUGCAGGAAUACGAACACAGGGAAGCACAUUUUGUGUGAUCAUUCGUAACUUAUACAUCACAAUUAUAUGCAACAUAUUGUUCUGUGUGUGUGGUGUAUUGCGUAUGUUUGUAUGUAUAUAUUAACAUACAUGUAUACACAUGCAGUUUGUGCCAUAUUGUAUAUGAAAAGAAACCACUUAAAUAUUUUCGGCAACUGUGAAUAUGUACCAUUUAAGUGUUACAUAUAUUAAUAUAUUGUUAUCUGUUAUGCCACAGUUUGUGCUGGCAGGAGCGAGAAGUGGUUCCUGAGUUAAAGCAGGGUGCACUUAGUGUAAGACAAUGUGUGUAUUUAUUAGUUAUUUAACACAAUAGUUGCGGCAUCUUUUUUAAAGGUAUACAGAAAUUAAAUUAGGGCCAUAUAAUCAAAACCUGCAUUAUCCAGUACUGCCAUUUCUAUAUUAACUAUAAAUUAUUAAACAUAAAACAAUAUAUGAUCUUUUGCAUUACAUUUUUUUCUAUUUUUACCGUUACAGGAAAGGCAACAUGAGUUUCUCUUAUACUGUGCAAUGGCUUUUGAACUAGGAAGACAUGAGCUGUAUUGUUAAAAAAAAAUUUAUAAAGUAUUUUUAUCCUGCAUUUGCGUGUUUAUAUGCCAAAACCCAAUUUCAUUUUUUACAGCAUUGCAUGUAAUGUCACUUUAUAACUGUUACGAUGCACUUACAUAUUUUUAAAUGUAUUCAGUGCAUCUUUUCAGAUCAUAGUUUCAGUACAGUAUAUUUCCAAUGGAACACAAUGCAGUCUAAUAUGUGAAUGCAUAAGUCUUCGUUUUGAUUAAGCUUCAGCAUGUGUCUGAUAAUUUAUGUCAACCAUAUGUAUCUGUUUAUAUUUUGUAAAUAUAACCUGCAAAUGAGUAUCUUUGCAGAAUUGACUUAAAUGUAUUAACUUUCUUUCCACUUACAAGUUCAGAAAAAUAUACACCUCUUCUUUUUGUAAAUUAUUAAAAGUGUAGAUAACUGAAAAAAAAAAUGUUGAUGAUGAUGCUUUGUUUUUUUAAAUACUUUUGAUAAAUGGUUUGGUUUCCAAGUUCAGCUUCCUUGUUUUGUUAUAAAAGGAAGUUAAACUGAUACUGUAUCUACCACAGGUAAUGUUUUCUUUAAUUUGUUGAGGAAGUACCAACUUUGAGAGAGAUGAUCACAUAAUGACUGAUACUGGCAAUAAUUAAGUGUGACAUUUGAAAGCAAUACACUUUGAGUCAAUGAAAAAUUAAUUUUAAUUAACAAGCCAAUUAAACUAAAACAUUUAUACUGUAGGAUUUUCUCUGGAUAUUUCUUUCAUCUAGCUGCUGGCAGUUAGAUUCAGGGGUCAAGUCACUACUGUUGUGUACUGGUUGAAGCACUGUGAUUCCCGCUGUAUUUUACAACUAUUUGGUCCUUUUAAUGAUCUUUAUGAUUUACAUGUCUUAACAAUUCAUAUUACGGUGUAUUAUAAUAAUGCAUUAGCAUUAAACUAUGCCCUUGUUUAUCUUAGCUGAAUUAUAUGUAUUUCCAUGACAGUAUUAUAUAUUAUUAAACUUAAGAAAUCUUAACCAUUAGUUCACCUCGCAUAAACCAAUGUUAUAGCUAUACAACAUAUGUCUAUAGAUACUGUUUUGGGGAUAUCGCCGAUACCAACUGAUUUGAAUCUCUCAUUCACCACCUACUAAUUUCUUAUGGAUUAUUAAAUUUGUCUGAAAACAAAAUGCAGUAACAGUCAUGCAAUUUCUGAUGAACAGAUUUAUGUAUAGGUACCGUGCCCUUUGUUACACUCUGAUUUAUUUCAUUUUUCUGCUCCUUUUUCUUGUGUAUAAUCCUUAAAUUAUUUUAGUAAUAAACUAUUUUUUUCUGAUUAUC